CAGCCCAAUUACCCCCAUCCUGCUCUCAUUUCCCCACCAUUUUUAUAUUUGGAUGCAGUAACUCUCCUUCAGCCAUUAUCGUGCUGUGUUCCAAACACAUCCACCCUUUUUUCUGCCGCAUUCGCGUUGAUGUAGAUAGUUGUGCCUGGUCUGGGAUCUCUUCGUUGCUGAUUCUGUCACCUGCACGGAAAGCUGUUCAGUUUGCACUACAGGGACUUAUUAUUUUUCCAGGCUUUUGCUCCAUACAGGACAUGUAGGACGUUGGUUCUAAGGAUCUUGUGUUUGGCAUUUUUGCUAAUUGCAUUGAACUUCCACCUGUGCUGAGUUUUUCACUUGCUUGACUUAUUCCGGUCUUUCCAUCAAGCAUGCAAUCACCAGGAACGAUGCCGCCCAGAUAAGUACAUAAUUCUUCACAAGUGCUCAGAAGGAAUAUUCCAUCGCCAGCCACCCACAGUGCCCUCCUUCCACCCGCCAUGACAGUCAGCAAGUGCCCGCAGCUGCCCUGGAGAAGGACAACAGCAAGGAAAACCAGAUGGAUUUCUGCUGGGACCCUCUGCAGAAAUGUUUCAAGACAUCCAGUGGGAUCCUCUCCGAUUCCAAAUCCGGCUCCAGCGGUUACAACGUCACGGCCCUGGCGACCUCCUCUCUGGUGGGGUUAGUCCAGACCAUAAAGGACCACAUCACCAAGCCCACCGCCAUGGCUCGCGGCCGGGUGGCCCACCUCAUCGAAUGGAAAGGCUGGAGCGCCCCCCAGGUGGGCUGCGAGCCGUGGCUGACGGAGGAAGAGCACUAUUCCUACCUCACGGACGAGCUGAGGGAGGCACGCUUUGCAGCAGGGGUUGCUGAACAAUUCGCCAUCACCGAGGCCACCCUGAGCGCCUGGUCCUCACUAGACGACGAAGAAAUGAAUUAUGGGGACAGCUCCCAGGAGAUCGUACAGCUUCAAGACCUGGAGAGCAUCUACCUGCAGGAGAAACUGCUGCUGAGGCCCCAGGUGAUAAGUAGCCCCAACCUGGAAGGCAGCCUGCCCGCCUGCUCCUCCUCCACACACACCUCCCCCAUCCCCUGGGGGCACGCCGGAGCGGACAGGUGGAACUCGACCCACCCCUUCCCCGGAGCUCUCCCCUGCGGCUCCCCCCGGACCGGGAGCUCCCAGGCAGACAGCUCGGAGAAGGAGCAGGCCUGCGCGGGGAGAGAGCAGGAGAGCACGCGGCUCAGCAACUCCCUGCACUACGUGGACAGCAGCUCCCUCUCGGAGGACGAAGUGUUUUAUAACUAGGUCCCCCGCCCCACCCUGGGACAGGAAGGGGGGACGGGGCCGCCCUGAGGAUGGAGCGAGGGGCCCUGCCGAGGUGGCUGGUUCCAGCUCUGGAUGCUGCUGGGAGCAGGGAUUAGAAGCCACCUACUGGUUUGACACCAACAGCAUCCCUCCGAACGGUGACCGCUGGGGCAGCCUGGAGGGCUGGGGCUGCUGGGCUCUUUAGAGGCGGCAUUCGCUGGACUGGCGCCGUUUGCACCAAGUCUGGGGCUUGGAUUGAUUUUCCUUCGGCCAAGGCUGCUGAGCUGCGUUGAGAGAAUCACUGCAAGACCAAGACCCGUUCCGUCCCCUGGUGGGUCCCCGAGGGCUGGGACAGCGGGGGAGCAGGGGAAGCAUCCGCAUCCGCGCGUGUUCAGUGUCUGUGCUUCAGCCAGCAGCCGGCCACCCGCAGCACUCCCAGCCAGCCACGUGGGCGUGUGGUCUGUGUGCAAGCCGGCACCCGCCGCUUUGGCUUCUUGUCUCCACGUAGUUCAGACGAGCUCCCGGCUGGUUUAACAGGGGCGCGUCUCUGCGCUCCCCCCUGCAAUUCCAGCUCACUGCAGAGCUGCGUUCUCAAGCCACUCAGGGCCAGGGGCUUUGGUGUUUGGCUAGCGAGCAGCAGGCUUGUACUAGGAAGUCAUCCUGGUCUCAGGCUGGGUGUUUCAAAGGCGCCUAAGGAGGUUAGGUACCCAAAUUCCAUCGAGGCAGGGGGGUGGGGAUGUCUAAUUCCCAUAAGCUCCUAAAGGCGGAAAUGCUACAAACCCAGUCAGUUUGGUCCUUCCUCUCUACAGGACCGUAGCUGAUUGCAGGGCCCAACUGCCGUGUGGAUGCUGGUUACGUCCCUCAGCCACAGCCAUGCCCCCUCACUGCGCUGCAGCCUUGGGUAGGGCCGGGCCACAGCGCGCUUCGGGGACCGUGGUGACAACGGGGUCAACCUCGACUACACGCCAGGCCCUUCCUCCAGCCAGCCCCACCCCACACCCUUGCUGUGCGCAGCUGCCUUUGGUUCUCUGACCUCAAUGCCCAGGCCCUACGGCUGCCCGCCCCCCCAGGGCACAUACCACCAUUUUGUGUGGGGAGGGGGAAUGAUACAAAUGAGAAAAAUCUCAGCUAGCCCACUGGGGGGAGGGGGAAGGGGGGACAGGUAAAUGUUAUAUUUUAAUUUAAAAGACUUUGUAUGUUGGCACCGCUACGCCUGGCACCUUUGGCAGGUUCCCGCCCAUCGCUCAGGGCGGGGGCUGCAUCCCACGGGAUCUCCUCCCGUGCAGGGGGCUUCUGUAAAGCAGGCGGCUGGCACGUGCAAUGACUAUUGCUGCUGGGUGCUGCUGCCUCCCCUUAGGGCUGCUUCUAAGCGCACCUCCCUUCAGCCAGCCGCUGCCCAGCCAGCAGAGCGGGCAUCACGCCUGGCACUGUGUGUUUUGUCACCUAGCGGGUUCCUACUGUUGCGUGGAGACUGUGUGCACCUUGGCAACGCUUCCUGCAUCAGCAGGGGCAAGGGGAGCGGGUCCCCCGAGGGCUGCAAUGGCUGUGACGCCUUUUCCCCGCCGCGUUCCCUGUCCCCAGAGAAAUACAAAGGAUCAAGAGCUCCGCCCCUGCCGGCCCUCGUCUCUGAUUUACUGCGCGCCGUGACUGGGAACAAGGGAUUUCAAAGGAGGCCCUCCCCCCCGCUGUGUAGGCCACAACAGCCUGGCUGCU